UGCGUGCUGCAAAAGUCAGCGUGUUGCGUUGCUGUGUGCUGCUCUACUUAUUUGCAGUGUAAAUGUUUCUGACAAGGAAUACAAGCUUCUAAUUUUCAUAAUGAAAACAAGAUUCAAUACCGUGGAUAUCAGGGCAGUCAUUGCUGAGAUAAAUGCUAAUUAUCUUGGUAUGCGCGUAAACAACGUGUAUGACAUCGACACGAAGACAUAUCUCAUCCGGUUGCAAAAGCCUGACACCAAAGCUAUUCUACUGGUUGAAUCUGGACUCCGCAUUCAUUCUACAGACUUUGAAUGGCCCAAAAAUAUGAUGCCCUCUGGCUUUGCCAUGAAAUGUCGAAAGCAUCUCAAGUCAAGGCGACUGACACAGGUGAAGCAGCUUGGGAUUGACAGGAUUGUUGACAUCCAGUUUGGCUCAGAUGAGGCUGCUUACCAUCUGAUAGUGGAGCUCUAUGACAGGGGUAACAUUAUCCUGGUGGACCACGAGUACAUGAUUCUGAACCUGCUGCGCUUCCGCACAGCAGAGGGAGAGGAAGAUGUGAAGAUAGCGGUGAGGGAGAGGUACCCUGUGGAGAACGCCAGGCCGCCAGAGCCCCUCAUCAGCCUGGAGAGACUCACGGAAGUCCUGUCAAAGGCCACGAAUGGAGAUCAGGUGAAAAGGGUCCUCAAUCCUCACCUUCCAUAUGGGGCUACUCUCAUAGAGCACUGUUUGAUGGAAGUGGGACUCACUGGCUUCAUCAAAGUGGACAACCAGUUUGAUGCUGCACGAGAUGCACCCAAAAUCCUGGAUGCCCUGCAAAUGGCAGAAGAUUAUAUGGAGAAAACGGCAAGCUUUGAUGGAAAGGGCUACAUCAUCCAAAAAUGUGAGAAGAAACCAAGUUUAGUCCCAGACAAACCUCCUGAAGAAUUGCUCACAUAUGAGGAAUUCCACCCCUUCCUCUUUGCCCAACAUGCAAAUAGCCACUAUGUUGAGUUUGAUACAUUUGACAAGGCAGUGGACGAAUUCUACUCCAAGAUGGAGAGUCAGAGGAUCGACGUGAAGGCCCUGCAGCAGGAGAAACAGGCUCUGAAGAAGCUGGACAAUGUCAAGAGGGACCACGUGCAGAGGCUGGAGGCACUGCACCAACUUCAGGAGGUAGACAGGCUUAGGGGCGAGCUGGUGGAGAUGAACUUGCCCAUAGUGGAGAGGGCUCUGCAGGUGGUGCGGAGCGCCCUGGCCAACCAGGUGGACUGGGCCGAAAUAGGGCUGAUCGUCAAGGAGGCCCAGGCUGCCGGAGACCCAGUGGCCUGCGCCAUUAAGGAGCUGAAGCUGCAGACCAACCACAUCACCAUGCUUUUAAAGAACCCAUACAUUGUCCCAGAGGAAGGAGAGGAGGAGGAUGUAGCCGAGGUGGCUGAAGAGAAGAAGGGGAAGAAGAACAAGAACAAAGACAAGGGGCAGAGGGGCAAGCCCAAGAAGGACCAGCCCAUGCUGGUGGAUGUGGACCUCAGCUUGUCAGCCUACGCCAAUGCCAAAAAAUACUACGACCACAAGCGAACCGCUGCUAAGAAAGAGCAGAAAACUGUGGAGGCAGCCCAGAAGGCUUUCAAAUCUGCUGAGAAAAAGACCAAGCAAACCCUUAAAGAGGUCCAAACGGUUACAACCAUUCAGAAGGCCAGGAAAGUCUACUGGUUUGAGAAGUUCCUGUGGUUCAUCAGCUCAGAAAAUUACCUCAUCAUCGCCGGACGCGACCAGCAACAGAAUGAAAUUAUCGUUAAGCGCUACUUGAGGGCUGGGGAUAUCUACGUUCACGCCGACCUCCAUGGAGCAACCAGUUGUGUCAUCAAGAACCCAUCUGGUGUGCCCAUUCCUCCACGCACCUUGACCGAGGCAGGCACCAUGGCUGUGUGCUACAGUGCAGCCUGGGACGCCAAGGUCAUCACCAGCGCAUGGUGGGUGCACCACCACCAGGUGACUAAGUCGGCCCCCACUGGAGAAUACCUGACCACUGGAAGUUUCAUGAUCCGAGGAAAGAAGAACUUUAUGCCGCCCUCUUAUUUAAUGAUGGGUUUCAGCUUUCUCUUCAAGGUAGAUGAGCAGUGUGUAUUCAGACACCGGGGUGAGAGGAAGGUCAAAACCAUCGACGAGGACAUGGCGGACGUGACGUCCAGCACAGCAGACCUGCUAGAGGAUGGGGAGGAGCUUAUAGGGGAUGACAGUAGCAACGAGGGAGAGGGGGAUGAUGGAGGAGGAGAUGGAAAGAAGAAUGGAGGAGUAGAGGUAAAAGUAGAGAAAGCCACUGAAGGGGCAGAGGCUGAAGAUAAGGAGGAUGGAGAUGCUAACGAACUGGACGACAUGAAGGAGGAAGGAGAGGGGGAUGAGGAAGAGGUGGAAGGGCUGAAGGUGAAGAGUGAUGGGGAGAGUGCUGAGUUCAGUUUUCCAGACACCACCAUCUCCCUGUCCCACUUGCAGUCCACCAGGGAAACCCAAAGUGCUGGUUUCAAAAAGAAGGUCUCCAUUCAGGUUGAUGUGGAGGUGCAAAAAGAGGGGGGAAAACACAUGACAGCCAAGCAAAGAAGGGAGGAGAAGAAGAAGGGGAAACAGGAUCAUUCUGAAACUCAGGAAGAAGAGGGAAAGACAGAGGAGACACAUGGUGCCUCCGCAGCAAAUCAGACCACCAAGAGUGGAGGAGGGGGAGGAGCCUCUCAGCAACCUCUUAAGAGACAUCAAAAGAACAAGCUGAAGAAAAUAAAAGAGAAGUACAAAGACCAGGACGAAGAGGAUCGGGAGCUGAUGAUGAAAUUGUUGGGGUCUGCUGGCUCCACUAAGGAAGAGAAGCCUAAGAAGGGCAAGAAGGGGAAGGGCAAAGACGAGGUGUUGAGAAAAGCCCCCCAGAAGCAAGCCCCGAGACCCCGUCCUCAGGAGGUCAUCUUAAAGAAACCAGAAGGGGAGGAGGAGGGUCCGGCUGGGGAGGAGGGAGCAGCACCUGAACAGGAUGACAAGGAAGGAGAUGACCAGGACCAAGACAACCCUGGAGCAGAGGAAGCAGAGAACCUGCUGAAUUCUCUGACGGGCCAGCCCCACCCAGAGGAUGUACUGCUGUUCGCUGUGCCAGUCUGUGCCCCCUACACUGCCCUCUCCAACUACAAGCACAAGGUGAAGUUGACCCCAGGGACCCAGAAGAAAGGAAAAGCUGCCCGCACUGCAGUAUUCAGCUUCAUGAAGGCCAGGGAGGCUUCGACCAGAGAGAAGGACUUGUUUCGCAGUGUCAAGGAUACUGAUUUAUCAAGAAACAUCCCUGGCAAAGUUAAAGUAUCAGCACCUAACCUGCUGGCAGCCAAGAAGAAAUAGAACUAAACAAUGAAGUCGACAUGGGCUUGCUUCACAAUGUAACAAUGAGUUAACCCAUCCCUUAAUAGGACUAUGCUGACUUCAUUGAUGUCUUCAAUUUACCAAUCAUGUGCAAAUGUAUUUGGAUGACAUGAAAAGCUUGUGCGCCGAAACAUUACUUUUCCUCAGUGUCCUGGAUCUUUACAUUCAACAACAUUCUUUGUUCAAGAUAACCAAAAAAAGCAAUGCAAAAUGUCCGAACAAAAUCUGAUUUGGCAUAAUUGCCGAGUUUAUAUUUUCUUGAUUCUAAAUUAAACAUUUUAAACUUCAA